UGUACAAGUUGGGACGUCACGCGCCCCAAGCCCUAUGCGGGAAACUUAUGCUCAGACAACCUCAUCACGCGCUUGAAGAUUGCAUAAAGAACCUCACAGAGUGGCACUUCACGCGCUCACGAGGCACGUGCAAAACAGUUUAGAAGACAACGUCACGCGUCUCACGAGACACACGGACUAUACCAGCUGCGUGACUGAAAACCAGGUGCCUUUUUAUCAACGUACUGAAAACCUACCAAUGUUUGAAACAUAACUUAUGUGCCCAAGCUCAGUAAGAAGCUAAACAUUGGCUUGUGAUUUGCAGUGAUCAGCGGUGGUCAAGGUUCACUCAAACCUUAUCCUGUUACAAAGAUUGAAAACUUCAUCGACCACCGAGGGACUGCCGACACGCGCAACAGGCAUACGUAGCCUACAGCGCUGACCAAUAGGACUGAAGCAUAUCCACUUUUUGUUGUUUUAAGUUAUUGGCUGAAGUUUCUGUCAGCAAUUCCAACGACAAAAUAAGUAUCAACUUUCCGAGGUCUUCGAAACAAAAUUGUCAGUUUGGGGACAAUACGACAACAGCAUAAUCAAGUCCAUACGUUGCUUGUACAUGUAUAUAUAAACACGCAUAAAAAGGGCGGAGAUUCGGCGGUGAAUAUUUUAGCAGAUGUCGCCUACCAGAAGACGCCAUUAGCAGCAAGUAUAAAAUUCCCAACGACAGAAAGAAACAAGGUUCCUUCAUCUGAUUACCUUAUUCUUAACUCGCCAGUUUCCUUCUCCUCGCACUACAAGUCGAAGCAAGUUCUUCCGGAUCUAAUGAAUUCUUCAACAGUGCACACUCUUCCUCAACCCAUAUAUCCUCGACCGCAACUGCCACUGGCCCCUCUUCCUCUUCUGCCUGCGUACGCAAUGGCUGGUUGUGGCCAUCAGUUCAGUGCAUAUCCUUUUCUUUUUGCCGCCCAUUCUUUUGGGCAAACCCCCAUUAAACCAGACUCCGUAAAAGGUGUAGACGUUUCAGGUAUGACAUUAGAAAAAAUCUCCCAGAAACUCGUUAAUGUAAACACCCGACCAGUGGUAUCUAAUAUUUUAGGUACUACCAAACAUAAGGUUUCGAAGUUUGACUUUUCUCGGCUGGCAGAAUCCGCAACCACCAAAGAUGACGAGGUAGCUUGCAAGGAAACUUAUCACUGCCAGAAGACAACAGGAGUUGAUAAAAAUAUUUCUAAGGAAUCCUACCACUCCCAGAUUCCAUCAAUCAUUCAAUCGACAGCUUCUCUUCCAGUAAUAACAAGUCAUUCAUUUCCGUUUAUGACACCUUAUUACAGCAUCGGACCGAUUGGAUUUGGUGCGGAGUUCUUCGAACGGAAGGGUCCUAGAGGUAGAGGGUCAUCAAGGCCGAAAAAAGAGUUCAUCUGUAAAUUCUGCCAGCGUCGCUUCACCAAGUCUUACAACCUGUUAAUACACGAGAGAACGCACACGGACGAACGACCUUACACCUGUGACAUUUGUCAUAAAGCUUUCCGGAGACAGGAUCACCUACGUGAUCACAGAUAUAUCCAUUCCAAAGAAAAACCUUUCAAGUGCACCGAGUGUGGAAAAGGCUUCUGCCAGUCCCGGACCCUAGCUGUUCACAGGAUACUUCACAUGGAAGAUUCACCACACAAGUGUUCCACCUGUGGGCGUAGCUUCAAUCAGAGGAGCAACCUAAAGACCCACCUUCUUACCCACACCGAUAUCAAACCCUACACUUGCGGUUCUUGUAAUAAAGUAUUUCGGCGGAACUGCGACCUUAGGCGUCACAUCUUAACUCACACUCUUGGUAUCCCUGAUCAAACGGAAGAUGCCCCUUCUCCAUUAAACUCCAGUAUUCCAGACACAGAACAAGGAGAAAGUUUGUCUGGAGAUUCAGAUUCUUAUAUGCACGAUAUAGUAGACGUGGAAAAUUGAAACAUUAGUUUCAGUACUACAGUACCCAUUAUAUGAAAAUAUCACACGCUAAGUAUGCCUAGUUUCAGUACUACAGUACCCAUUAUAUGAAAAUAUCACACGCUAAGUAUGCCUAUUGAUUUCUACAAGGUGAUGUGCGAAAAAUAAUUCGACAAACAGAUAUUCAGGAAUAGUCUGUUUUUUAAUAAGCUAUAAUUGCAUCUAGUUGUGGAUAAUGAACUCAAUACAGCUUCUUCAAGAAAAUAUUUUUGUCACCAUGGGUGAGAACAUUUUUUUUUGCUUCAUAAAAGUUACAAUUGACUUUUCUAUACAAUCCCUUUGUAUUUGGCUUGCUUACCCCUUUUUUUUACUUUUUUGCACUACAUAUUGAAGUCUAUGUACAUAUAUUUUUGAAAGAGGGCCUAUGUAAUUAAUUGGACCGUUUUAUUCACAGAAUUACUGUGCCAAAGAUAUUGUUAAAUAAAUGCUCUUAUAAACUUGUAUUUAUCUCGGUAUUUAUUACCAUGAUAAAGUGUUUACCACCUUAUUAUGUUUUGUUAUUUUGUUUUGAAAUGUGCUUUAACUUUGUUAAUUUUCUACUGUAAUACAAUCAAUAA